CUCGUUUCGCCUUUUUUCCCUUGGCUCCUCCACCUUCCCGCCUGGCCACCUUCUCUUGCCUUCUCUUGCCUUGCUUCUCUUUCCCAUUCUACCUGUUUGCUCUUUCUUCACUUACUUUUUUACUUGAUUGAGAGUGUGGCUUUCGAUUUCGAGAGAGAGCCCUAUUUCUACUACACUUUCUUGAGUCCGAGUCCGACGACGAAGCUGUGCUUCUUGUGUGAGCUGUGCUCGCUCGACUGUUCUCCCCUGUUUGUUGCCUUGCUCACGGCCGUCUCGACUUUCUCCCUUCUCCCACGGGACGACGACACCUUCUCCGGCUGGUUCCAGGAGUGUUCGCCUCACGUACCUCACACACUCCCGACUACGCCCCACAACGGCUUCAACCCUUCCCAUUCAGCAGCACACCGAGUGGCAUGGCACACAACCCGGCACUGACUCUCAGUCUUCACCUACAAUAGCGCCUUCCACCCCUCUCCACCCUCCGACCAAUGCGAGCCCCGGUAAAUAUGCGGGACCGACGAUAUACAAACCUUUCCACCUCCUCCACCUUCUCCACCGACUCAGACGUGUCCGGUGGCUCUCGCGCCAGCCUGAAUGAGAAGCGUGUCUUCAGCCCUUCACCGACGGGUUCACCACUGCUGGACUCGGAGACAAAGGAACACCCUAUCCGGCCAGCCCGACGAACCUCCACCCUACUCCUCUUCCUCACCAUCAUCGCCGUCCUCGCCUUGAAGUUUGUCCUUGUUUCUUACCUCUUGAGAUUACUCGGCAUCUCUUUCUCUACUCCACAUUCCUGGUCUCUGGGAACACCCUUUGCUGGCGAUCGCGACUUGCUCGACCAGCCUUCUGCUGUCAAGGUACUGGACGGUCUGGGUCAGCCGAAGUGGACCGUGCAUAUCCCGCACGACUACAGCUUUCCGCUACAGAGUCAGCAUGCGCAACAGAUAUGCAGACAGAGCGAAACGUUGCGAGAUGAACUUUCCAUGCGAUCCCGAAUGAUGCCGGUGAAGGAUUGGCGGCGGAAGGGCGGCUACUACGUCUCCGAUGCCACAUAUCUCGAUGUCGACGCUGCGGAAGAACUGAGCGGCCAGCCUCGAUUCAACAGUGAAUCCGAUGAAAACGUGUGCGAAUCGAGUCUGACCUUUGCAUUGGACACUCAAGACACCAGUUUCGGGAAGAGUCUCCUCAUGCUAUGGCUCAGCUACGGCCUGGCCAAGAAAGAAGGCCGGGCGUUCUUCAUCGAUGACACGAGAUGGCUGUACGGUCGCUACACUUCGUUCUUCCUUCCUCUACCCUCCACAAACUGCACACCGCCUCCUCCGCGGCAGAUUGUGCCCUGCCCGCACAAUGCCAAACACCUUCUGGUCUCUUCAGCCACGAUUCCAUGGACGUUUGGCGCCGUUUUCGAACGAGAAUACCUUCAAAGCUGGAAAUCCGGGUUAGAAAAAAGCAGACAGGUGUAUGGCCUUCUCCGGACCGGAUACGAGGACCUUUUCCAUUUGACCGACGAGCAUGCUACUUUCGCCGCCUUACGAACCGCAGCGCUGAAAGGGGACGCUGAAAAGCAGGACGCCUCGACGAUUGGCGUGCAUCUCCGCCGCGGCGAUCUGCAUCCCUUCGAAUACCAGUUCAGUCAGGAUUAUCUACCACUCGAGCGCUACGGUGCUGCAGCCCGCAAGCUGCGCGCACACUGUGAUAGCGCGCAAGACGCAUCCCCAGCUCUUCCCUUCCUCCUCGCCUCAGAUGACCCCGACAUUUUCGAAUCGGCGGAGCUCCAGCAAAGCGCUCACCCCUUCGCCGUGCAAAAGACGCAGGAGCGCAUCCAGCUCGCGAGCAAAGCUACCCUCGACCUCUCUGCGCCAACGGAAGACAUCAUACAGCCGAAUUCCGGCUACACGAAACACGUCGACGAGAACUCGGGCUGGGAAGGCGGCUUCUACAGCGCGCUCUUCUACUCAAUAGGAGGAGGCAACCGCGCGUCGUCAAGUUCCGUCGCCGACGAUACCCUGUUCUCCGCACCGGCGAUGCAGAUGCGCGAACUGGUGGGCCGAGCGUACCUGCUCGAUCUUGCGGUGUUGGGGACAGCGAGCGAUGGCAUCGUCUGCGCGAGUAGUUCUGCUACGUGCAGAGUGUUGGGCGUGAUGAUGGGGUGGGAUGCUGUGGCGCAGGGCCGAUGGGUGAAUGUCGACGACAAUCGCGCGUGGUCUUGGGAUGGUCGGAGAUGAGGGUGUGCUUUUUACUUAUGUUUACUACCUUGCAUUGGGAGCGAGCGAGGAUUGCAUGUUAGCGACGAAGGUUGUUGUCAGCUUUGUGUUAUGGGAUUGUGCAUAGCGAAGGUGGGAGCAUGAUGCGGACUGUAGAGCCGUGGAAUACGUUCAACACAAACAACAGUUCAUUCAUGGUUCGGGAUUCCUGCAGCAUGCAUGCAUGCAGCUCUCCAGCGGUGUGACGCCCAUGUGUACCCCACACUUUCAGCACGCGAGUGCGAAGUGGGGCGGCGCGGAAACAAAGGCGCGCUGUACACGU